AUGUCCAAAAGUUCGAGAAGGUGGGUAUCGACUGAUAUCGAACUUGUAUGGAAGCAUGAUGAUGCGAUAGCAUGGUAUAAAGCUCAAUAUGGUGUAGAGCUAAAGAAGUCGACUAUUAGUGAUCUUUUAAGUAAGAAAUUCGAAUGGUUCGAUACAACAGAGCUCACAAAAUACGAAUUAAGUCAAUCCAAAACUCGACCUCCUGCCUACCCUGCUCUCGAAGAAGCUCUGCUUGAAUGGCAGAUUCGAUACGAUCGUCACCCUGAUGCAGGACCUACUACGGGCGAUGUUUUACGUCUUAAAGCUACAGAAUUCUGGCAAAAGCUCUCUGAAUAUAAAGAUAAACCUCUGCCAUUCGAUGAGGGGAAGACAUGGUCAACUGGGUUCAUUGAUGGCUUUAAAAAGCGGAGUUCUAUGAAAGAAAGACGUCGAUUCGGUGAGGGGGCUUCUGCAGAUAUAGGCCCGGAAUCAGAGGCUAUAAUGGAAGAGAUACGACGUAUUGCAGCUUUAUACGAUGCAGAUGACGUCUACAAUUGCGAUGAAACAGGGCUUUUUUGGAGAGAUAGGCCGGAUCGCACGCUUUCUACAUUCGAAUCUGCCGGCAGGAAAAAGGAAAAAGCUCGAUUGACAGCACUCCUUACUAGCAAUUCUACAGGCACUCAUAAGCUCCCCCUAUGGAUUAUUGGGAAAGCACGUACGCCACAAGCAUUUAGAAGAGAGGGGUUGACAACUCUCGAUGGUUUAGGGGUGAAAUAUCGAUCGAAUGCGAAGUUCUGGAUGAAUAAUGGUAUAUUCGCUGAAUAUCUUAUAUGGUUCGAUGGUAUUAUGAGGCAGAUGCAUAAGAAAGCUUUGCUUAUUAUGGACAACUUCUUUGCACACGAGCUAGCUGUCACUACUCUUAUUGAAGCUGGCAAACUACGCAAUACGAAGAUUAUAUGGUUGCCCCCAAAUUCUACGUCUAAACAUCAACCUCUUGAUCAGGGUAUUAUACAGAAUUGGAAGCUCCAUCUACGACGUCGAUCUAUCAGAUUUAUGGUUCAAUGCUUUGAUAAAGAUCUGCACUAUUCUAAAGAGCUUGAUAUUCUACUAGUGAUUCGAUGGGGGAUAUUAGCUUGGGAAGACGUCAAAACUAGUACCAUUUCGAAUUGCUGGGAUAAAUCACAGUGCAUCAACCUGGGAUCGCAACCUGCGACGCCACUGACGGUAUGGCAAGGUUCUGAAGAAGCUUUAGAGUCUUUACGCCUCACUUUGAUACGUUUAAAGCACCAGGGCAUUAUAGCUAGUGUACCAGAUGAUAUACGAGAGUAUAUUUCACCUUAUUCAGAGCGUAUUAUUGAGAAUGAUGACAAUCUUGAUACUCUAGUUGAUGAUAUUAUUGAAGCUAGAGAGAUGGUUGAGGUGGAUGAAGAGGAUGAAAAACGAGAGGAGGAGGUGAAGCCUCCUAUUAGUCAUUUUCAAGCUCUUGAAGCUAUUCAGAUUCUAAUUAAAUAUCAAGAACAGCAAGGUGUUCCUGAUAUGAAUGCCAAAUUUAUCACCAGCCCACCCGCUUCACCCCUCGGCUCGCAGGCUCAUGUACUGCCGUAA